AUGGAAGAGUUUGAGUGGAUCAAGUCAUUCGCUGAAUCCAGCUAUGGUUCAGUCAGCGAUCCUGUUCCGCCACCUGUGGAACCGACAGAAUCAAAGACACUGCCUGCAACAACUCCGCGGGGUUCCUUCGCUUCAUUUGUCUGCCAUGUUACCAGUCUAGAACGCAAGCUGCGCUCGUUCUCACCCAUCGUUCUCGAUGAUUCCUCAGUCGUCAGAAACACAGGCAAGAUCCUAGGUCAAGGAAAGACAUUCAUGGUCAAGCAUGCUCAAUGGAUUCGUGAUGCGAAUGAGCCACCUCUCGACGUCGCUGUGAAGGAGAUCAUUCCGGACGCCCGAGCGACGAACCAGAGCCUGAACUCUUCUACCAGCUCCAGCGGCCUCACACAGAAUGAUUGGAAAGAGAUCUUGUUUGAGAUCCGGGCUCUCCUUCACGAGCCGAUUCGUUAUCAUCCAAACAUCAUUCGACUGCUGGGCAUUCAAUGGGGUCUAUCGCCAAUUUCGGAAUCUACUUACCCAGUGCUGAUAAUGGAGUAUGCAUCGCUUGGUACUUUCGCGACUUUGCAAGCCUCUUCUGAGCCAUUGUCGUUUGCAGCAAAGCAAAAGCUGUGCUACGAUGUUGGGCGAGGACUAUCCGCACUCCACGCUUGCGGGAUUGUGCAUGGAGACAUGAAACACGAAAAUGUACUUAUCGUACCUGCUAAGGAGCCACUGGACGGUAUAUCAUACACUGCGAAACUGGCGGACUUCGGUGGUGCCGUGAUGAAUAUGACGCCUAACGAAUUCCGCAAAAUGGAGACCUGGACGUGGCCCUUUCAAGCGCCUGAGGUAACGAGUAAUCAGCGACUUUCUAAAGAUGGGAUGGUACUCACAGACGUGUACGCUUUUGGUUUAUUGGUUUGGAGAGCAUUUGAGGACGGCCAAGGGUUUGUGUCGCUUCCUGGCGCAGCACAGGAUGCAUCUGAUGAAGACAAGCGCAGCUUGAGCGCACGCAAAGCAUCGCAAAGCUUCACUGCUAGUGCUAUUGCUAGCAUUCAUGAAUAUGCUAGCAUGAGAGGAAUGUCGCAACGCUGCGUAAAUACUAUCACGUAUACCAUCCUCCACACCGUGCGACUGGAACCAGAGGAUCGAGAUCUUGUAAUGGCUCAAGCAGCGUUACGAGGCUUAGAUAUUGGCCAUAUACCAAAAUAUCUGCGUUUCAUCAAGAAAAAGAACGAAGAACUAGCAGCCAGUGAGACCGGGGGACCGCCCGGAAAACACGGCAUCGCCAGAGACGGUGCUGCGUUAUUUCUUGGACGAUAUGGCAAUGAUAUAGAUUUGCAACAUAAUAUUCCUGGCUUCCGACCUCGUCUGAACGAGCCCAAUCCCGAAGAGGUACUGUUUGAGCCCGAGCGAUUGAAGAAGAUCUUAACCUGGGAUCAACAACGGCAAAUUUUGGAUGAAUUCAAAGCCACUGCUAAUGACAGUGCAAAUGCACCUGGGGAUCUUAUCGAGAUGAACAAGACAGUCGCUGCGUUCCACGUGUUCCAAUGUUAUCUCCUCGAAUUCGGCACUAAAUUCAACGCCGACGAAACUGUACAGUGGUUAUCGAAAGCCUCUUCGCAUGACGAUAGUCAUGAUGAUGCAGAUUACUUGGCGCAGGCUUGGAUAUGGCGGAUCUCACGCGCGCUUGAGGUCAACGUCAACCUCACUCAGGGGAGACUUGAGUCACUGCUGAGGAUCUCCGUAAUGCGGGGUCACUGGAGCUGUCUCCAGGACGUACUCGAGCUGAUCAACACUAGCACUGGAGCAACCCAACAGCAAUGGUCGAAUAAGUUUCAGCAGUUCCGUAACAUCCUGCUUUCGCAAAUGGGUGCCGUUGGAAUGGGCUACUUCUUCUCGCCGCACAUGACACCACCAUGGAACAGAGUCAACUUGAGGGAUAUCAGUCAACUCGAUGAGACAAUCGCGGCUAUUCUCGGCGACACGUACAACUCUUGCUUAAGAGUACUCAAUUCUCAGCUCCCAGAAUCGUCAACACAAGAGCAUCAGCGCAGAGGAGAAACUGCAUUUGACCAAGUGUAUGUCAACAUACGGGGACAUGGUCCACUGCACUAUGCCGCCGCAAGCGGCAAUCUGAAUGCCCUGCGUCAUAUGAUUGAGAAGUACGACUGCGACAUGAAUUUGCCAAAUCAGCAUGUGGACGAGACUCCUCUGGUAUGCGCUUGCUCUGGCGGAAGACUUGAUUGUGCACUACUCUUGCUCGACAAAGGGGCUGAUGCAAACGGCUAUCAUCAUGGGCAAGAAGGACCGCUGCAUUGGCUUUGUAGCUUCUUGCCCAACGAGAUGGAGAUCAUUGCAUCAGCUCUGGUCAAAGCAGGGGCUGACAUCGAAUUACGUUCUGGCGGCAUGCGCGCGGACGUUCGUGGUAUCAGAGCUGAUUGGGAGCAUAUUUUUGAAACCAAAACAACGCCACUCGGAAGAGCAGUCCUCAUGAAUAGUCUUCCAGCAGUCAAGGUGCUUUUGAGAUUAGGGGCUGAUCCUCUAAAGAAAAGUGCCAACAAACACCCAGGUGAAUGGAAAGGCGAUAAGGCAACAAUGGUCGACAUAUCUUCGCCUUUCGAAUUGGCCGCUGCCUUGACACUUCCGGAGAUCCUCGCGGAGUUCAUUACUCAUAUCGAUGGUCCUACUGGUGCGCCCCGAAGGAAGCUUCCAGAUGUCUCUUCCGUAGUUGAUCUAGCACGCGGUAAAAAAGUGACCAAAUUCGAUCCACUGUCAUUACGAAGCCGUCUCGUGCGGCAUGGACACAAGUACAAAAACAACCUUAGAUUCACCUGGAUGAUACUCCAUGCUCGUUCAAUCCCCUUCCAAGGCGCCGUACCUACCGAAGAGCUCCAAAAAGUACGAAGUAGGACGCUGUGUGACGAGGUCGCCCAUGGAAACCUAGACAUCGUUGAGUGCCUUUUGGAACUUGGAUACAGCGCUAGCGGAACUUCGAACCAUCGACCCUUGCAGAAGGCUAUCGAGCUGAAUCACGAAGAAAUGUUCAAGCUGCUCAUACGGUACCGGGCGGACAUUUCAGUUACGACAAUGACACCUGCGGGUAAUAUAUCCCUGCUUCAUAUCUGUGCAUCACGACCACGUCAGUCAAGACCUGGAAGAUACAUCGCCGACGCUCUCAUUGUAGCUGGUGUACCAAUCGAGAGCACGGAUAGACGUGUCAAACCACCCCUUGCGUUAGCGGUCUUGAACCAGAACUUUGAUGUAGCCCAGGCGUUGAUCGAUAACAAUGCUGACGUUGAUGCGGUCUAUCCACUUGAAGUGUAUGGGCUGAAUGGACCAGAGACCAAAUCAGUCAGUGUUCUUGUGGAGAUCUUGUCUCAACAUACGAAUCGUACCCUUGAGUCACUCAAAUUCCUGUUCGGCAAGCGUGACGGCGGUCCGGCUCAGCGGCCUGCAUUUUAUGUCGAUCUUACAAGCAAACUCACCAUCCUACACCUUCUUGCUGGUAGCCCCAACUAUACACAAAUUGGGCAGAUAACACCAAAGAUUCUUAAUCUUUGCCUCGAGAUGUACUGGGAUGAUGAGCUCAUCAACUGCAGACAUCCACUUUUGGGUACUGCACUAUACCACGCUGCCACAAAUGGACACAAGGCCAUGGUAGAACGGCUCCUACAAUACGGCGCAGACGAGACGUACGCUGCAGGUCCUGACGUUGAUGGUUCCGUGCAAAAUUUGUUCAGGUCGCGAUAUACCUGGACACCGCUUUGGGCUGCGACAUUACGACUUGACGAAGAACUGAAGAAGGGAGUGCUGUUUCCACAGGAUGGAACGUCCGGCACAUGGCUGAACUCAAACAUCAUACAAAAUCUUGAAAAGAUUGUGACUUUCCUAUCCUCGAAUGACAAAGAUGACUUGGCGCAACAAGCCGUCGAGCAGAUAAGAACCAAAAUGGAGGUACUCCAAGCUGAGUUUGUUAUGUCUCGAAUCGAGAAGGCGAAGGCUAAGAGAGAGGGGAAGAUCGUGGAAGAAGAACAUCCCGCUAAUCUGGGGAUACUUUCUGGGAAAUCGGGCGAGAUAGACGAGAAGAUUAUACGAGAGAUAUGCACAGGUCUCGAAGAUGAAUGGAGGACUGGAGAAGUUGAGGCAUUUCUUGAAGGUCUACAGCUCUGA